CCCCCGUUCCACGCGCCGGUUUGCAGCGUCUCCCGGUCCGCGUUCAUUACCGAAUAUAUAAAAAAAUCUAAAUAUUUAAAAGCGGUGCCUUUUCCGCCGAGGCUAACAACUGUACUUUGUUUUUUUACACAAAAAACAUUUCGUUAUUAUUUUUGGUUUUGAUGUUGAUCGUUUUAAGUUGAAGAGACUUGAAGGCGAGUGCUAGGCCCGAAGUAGGCGCGCGGGGGUAACCCCUUCUCGGAUAGAAUCCCUGCCCGGCCGCGAGGUGCCUAGGUCGGCAGAGCUGCGUGGACCGAGUCGGUGAUCAUGAGCGGCGGAGUAUACGGCGGAGAUGAGGUGGGGGCGCUGGUGUUCGACCUGGGAUCGUACUCGGUGCGCACAGGGUUUGCGGGCGAGGACUGCCCCAAGGCCGACUUCCCGACCGCCCUCGGGAUGAUGCUGGAGCGGGAGGACGGCACGACGCCCAUGGACGUGGACGGGCUGGAGCGCGUUGGCAUGGAGAGCGGCCACGUUGGCGCCCGCAGGUCCUACCACAUCGGAGUGAACGCGCUGCACGUGGCGCGCGAGGGCAUGGAGGUCACGUCACCGCUCAAGAACGGAAUGAUCGAAGACUGGGAUUGCUUCCAGGCCAUUCUGGAUCACACGUACAAACGAAACAUCAAGUCGGAACCUGACCUACACCCAGUGCUCAUGUCCGAAGCUCCGUGGAACGCGCGGGGAAAGCGGGAGAGGCUGACGGAGCUCAUGUUCGAGCACUACAACAUCCCCGCCUUCUUCCUGUGCAAGUCGGCAGUGCUCACCGCCUUCGCCAACGGGCGCUCCACGGCGCUGGUGCUCGACAGCGGAGCGACGCACACCACGGCGAUCCCCGUGCACGAUGGCUACGUGCUGCAGCAGGGCAUUGUGAAGUCGCCCCUAGCUGGUGACUUCAUCACCAUGCAGUGCCGCGAGAUGUUCCAGGAGAUGAACAUAGAAAUAGUCCCUCCCUACAUGAUCGCCUCCAAGGACGCGGUGCGAGAGGGCUCCCAGCCCAGCUGGAAGAAGAAGGAGAAGCUGCCGCAAGUGACGCGCUCCUGGCACAACCACAUGUGCAACGAGGUGAUCCAGGACUUUCAGGCGUCUGUGCUUCAGGUCUCCGACUCCUCCUACGAUGACCAGGUGGCCGCUCAGAUGCCCACGGUUCACUACGAGUUCCCGAACGGAUACAACUGCGACUUUGGGCCAGAGAGGUUCAAGAUCCCCGAGGGGCUGUUCGACCCCUCGCACGUGCGGGGCCUCACCGGCAACACUAUGCUGGGCGUGAGCCACGUGGUGACCACCAGCGUGGGCAUGUGCGACAUCGACAUCCGGCCCGGUCUCUACGGCAGCGUGAUGCUCGCUGGGGGCAACACUCUCCUGCCGAGCUUCACCGACCGCAUCAACCGCGAGCUCUCACAGAAAACUCCGCCGAGCAUGAGGCUGAAGUUGAUCUCUAACACCAGCUCCGCCGAGCGAAGAUUCAGCUCCUGGAUUGGCGGCUCCAUCCUCGCAUCGCUGGGAACGUUCCAGCAGAUGUGGAUCUCCAAGCAGGAGUACGAGGAGGGCGGGAAGCAAUGCGUCGACAGGAAGUGCCCCUGAUGUGCAUUUUCGACCCACGGGGGAACCCACCGACCUCCACUCAGCGACUCCUCCCACGCGUGGCGGCUCCACCUGCUCUACCCAGUUGCUCCACCCUCUCCACCCUCUCCACCCUGUGACCACAUGCUUUAAUGGUGGCUCUACCCACCCCCGCCGUGUACUAUGUACAGUGACUCCUCUACUUACGAACACUCGACUUACGAACUGUCAGAGAUACGAACAAAGCUGUCCGUAUGUCCAUUUGCCUGUUCGGACCGAGAUUCGUAAGUUCAAUCGCCGCGCAAUAGAUGGCGGUGGUGGCAUCUACGUUUGCAGAAUAUGAAGAACCAGUGGCAUCUACAGGAGAUUAUAUAACUUUUAAAGCCAUUCCCUGUGUUUAGUGUACGUGCCGUACAACAUUUUUGGAAUCGACAGGACGUAAAGUUGUACUUACGAGCAAAUCCUCUUCCGAACAAACCUCUGGAACCUGACUCAUUCAUAAGUCGAGGAGUCCCCGUAUGUGUGUUUAACUUUUUCCCCACCGUACGUAGCCCCACCAUGCUAAUUGAAGGUGCGAAUCCACCCCCUCUCAGCGACUCCACUCUCUCUUAAGAGGUGGAGCCUUGUCCUAAACUUGACUCGGAUGUCGCAGCGUGAGCGCUUUUACCCUGUAAGUUUUACUCCGUUUCGUUUUCAUCCCUCGACAUUUGACUCUUCACCCAAACUGGCAGGUCGCGGCAAAAGGCUUCGUGGCCUUCACGGCCACGUGCCUCUUCUACAUAGGCGUUCAAAUCGGUCAUAAUCGAAACCUUUAUUUAGAUCGUAGGAAUCCGAUGAGCUUAUGAAGUUAUUUUUUUCACAGAUCUCCCGUAGCUAAAAUGGGCGUUUAUCGCGGUGGCUGAGGUCAGCGCGGAGCCGGCGGUAACUGCUGGGAUCACGGACAUUGAAGCUCUGCGGGCAAUGUGGCCACCUUGGCAGCGUUUCUGUUUCGUCAGCUUCGGUAUUAUUAUGUUUGCCGUCAAUCUCACGGAGCGCGGCGGUUGAAACGUCGGUCCAAGUUUCUCAAAUCCCCCCCCACCCCCACUCCUACGCCUUCGUCCACCCAGCACUGUGCCACUUUUAUCCAAGAUGCCUGGCCAGCGUGUGAAAGAGUAGGCCAAAUACCCUCUAGAGGUGGGGAAGGGGGCUCUUCAAGAGUUUCCUCUGGUGGAGGCCGUGACGUGAGUGAGCAAUUGCAGGGCCUGCACCUUUACCUUCACCCCCACCCCUCCCGCUCAUCAAUUGUAACCGUCAGGUGUUUCGUUUUGACUCUAGGUCGACGCUCAGCCCUCCUUCCCUUUAGCGUAGCUCUCCCCAAGUGCCUAGAUCCGCGUGCCGCUGCGCGCAACCCGAAGGGCUUCGACGUUUUUUGUUGUUUACGCAGCUGUGGGCGGUGUCCCCCAUAACGGGCGCGUGCGUCUCCUCUCGCCCUGCUUUAAUCCGCUUGGGGAAAAAUCGUUUCGUGAUGAAUCCUGGGAAGUGGAACGGUGGCGUAGCUUGGCUGACUUGGACCCUGGUGCAAGACGUCAACUGGGGCUCCUCCUGUCCAACUUUUGAACCCCCAUAAUAUUUGUAGGCAAAUGCCUCGGCCCCUCCAGCCUGUGAGCCCUGGCGCAGUUGCACCGCCUGCACACUCAAUAGCCACAACACUUGCUCGGUCCUUUCCUUCUCUCCGUCUCUGUGCCUUCCUCUGUCUCUGGUAAGUCUUCAUGUCUCGCUAUCGUCGUUGGCAGCAGCCCUGGGGGCAAUGAGUAUAAUGCCCCCCCCUGGCCUGUCCCAGUUUCAUAGCUCAGCACCUGGGCCCCUCCACCCGCACAAUUGAUAGCUUCGCCACUCGUGUAGAAUCUGCCAGUGUGGCUACACGACAGCUCCCCACACAUAAAUGCAGACACACCCAUGCAGAUCCAGACACCCAUACAGAUAAUGACACCCAUAGACACAACCGUGGUUUCUCCACUGGUAAACAUUGUGCUAAGAGUAGUCAGUUCAGGAUGCUGUGAUUGGUAGGAGGGUUGCAGGUAAAUUAGAGGUCCGCCUCCUGAUUUCAAAGUGAGGGGGCAGGGCUGGUGUAAUGUUAACCCGACCGAAGUCGCACGUGAAAUAUCUUGGCCGUCUUUAUUUUGUUGUCGGUUUUUGUAAGAAUAUAGUUCUAAGGUGCAAAAUAAAUACCACCCGGUUUGCAA